AUGUUCUUUCUAUACUCCACCCCAGAGUACCCUAGAAAACCAAUUGAAUAUAUCUUCAAGGUCAUUUAUCAACUGACAACGUGUUUCCACAUAAUUAGCCUUGUUAUUCUCUCCGUCGAUUUUCACACGCGCCUUGCGGAGUCACUGCCGGACUACUUCAGUCGUUCGACGAUAUCGGCUCAUCCUAGCAUAUCCAUGGUCAUGCAAAACUGCACUUAUCGUGGGAUGCUUAGAGUUGGAUUUGCUCAAGGGGUAACUGAGGUGGCCCUGGACGGUGUUACUGUUGGUCUUGUCGAUGCAGCGAAGAAUGUGAGCAUCAUUUGUUUUCUUGAACUUCUUCAUGUUAUCAACAAUUUAAUUUCUUCGGUCAAUUAUGCCAUUUGCAGACGCCAUUUGCGUGUGUUUGGUGUACACGUUCCUUUUUAUCAUAUUUUAGUAGUCCUUUCGUUUAUUUACUCCAUCGCAAUUAUCGCACUUGUAUGCCUUUGUGAUCGUGAGAUGGUCUUCUACCGGGAUGCCAUCAACUUUUGCGCGGAUAAGGCCCAUGAAAAAAAUGCAACAGAGCUUUUGGUUGCUGAAUACGACAAGUACAAUAUCCUGACGACGCCAAUUUUUUGGCCCCUCGUAGCUUGCUGUUUCAGUCUAUUAGUUUCUUUUGUAGCAUUGGCUAUCCUGAUCGAUUCCUCUUCUGAUAAGGCUACUUUGCUGCACUCCCAGGCGAACGCACCGUGGGAGUCACGUACGCCUUUUUGCACCACGAAAAAGUCCGUGCUUCGCCUGCAUACGGCACAGCGUAAGGCUAUUUUGAAAGAUGCCCGAACUGCGAUGCAGGAUGGACUUAAAGUCCGUAUUGUGCGCUCCUAUCAACUUAUGUCUGAAGAUGACUUCAAGGCACUGGUGCAGGCGAUGCGGGAUCAGGUAGCCCGUGCCAUGAAACAGAAGCAGUUCGAAAACCUGAAGGAACACUUUGGGGACCACGAGUCACAGAUCGAGAGCACUGGCCUCUUAUGGCGACAAAACCCCAACUGGUCUCCACCAUUAUCCCCGAGCAACACCGAACAGGCUAAUUACUUUGAUGACGUAGAAUAUUUAGCCGAUAAUAGCAAUGCUGACCAUUUUAGUGGCCUGCCGUCUAAAGGACCGGAUGCUUACGAUAGUCAUAACCGCACUCGCGUUAGGCAUUCGCACAGUGCGGACUCACUUUCUGCGUCGGAGGAUUACAAAAUGCACUUGAAUCCCUAUGAUGAAGUCAAAAAUAAAUAUCACAACACAACAGCGGUAGCAGUGGACGCGAAUGACAGCGUUGGGGGGCCUUAUGAGUUACCACAAACAUAUGCGGCCGACGGACAUCCGUACAGGAUGUCAUUACCGCCUGAAUACAGUCCUCACUCGCACAGUUAUCCUUCUCACCACCACCAUGAUCUUACCACCAAUGAUGUGACAGAAGGAGAUUCCAAGGACUGGCCGGCCUCGCGCAACCCGAUUCAUCAUGACAUUGCAGUCCCUACUGAUAACGUUGAUAGGGGCAGUGGCUUGCGCAAUCGACAUCCACAUGGGCCUGUACCCUUUUUGGGAACUAACCCCACCGAUGGAAACGAUCGCCAAGUCCAACCGAGAAGGAGACCGACCAAACAGGCAGAGAUUGAGGAUGAGAUUACACCUGCAGACGAAUUUUCUGACAGUUCGGACAGAUUAUUUGGCAAAAGGUGA